CAGCUGUUAGCAGAUCCCAGAAAGGAAGUGCGUGCUCCAAUGUGCUGAUUUUUAAGCUAUUUCCGUACGACUCCAGAUGGAAAGUUAUAUUAGUCGCUUUAAUCAGUUAUAUCUUCCUGUCCGGGAUCAAAGUUACUGCGGUGUUGUCUGAGCUACAACCUUCAGAGUUAAUCAUUGCUUUAUAGUGUCGGUGAACAUCACAGGCUGCGCCCACAUUUAUUCUGCGGCCUUGCAUCGACACGUUCAAAGUCCUGACAGUCGACGCUCCGCUGAAUUCAACUUUUCUGCAGCGACCGACGAGCUGAAAAUGGACACGAGCAGCGCAACCCGCAGCGGGAAGACCUUCCUGUUCACAUCCGAGUCGGUGGGAGAAGGACACUCCGAUAAGAUGUGCGAUCAGAUCAGUGACGCUGUACUUGAUGCAUACCUGAGACAAGAUCCUGACUCUAAAGUGGCCUGUGAGUGUGUAGCGAAGACGGGGAUGAUCUUACUGGUGGGUGAGGUGACAUCUAAAGCCACUGUGGAUCUCCAGUCAGUGGUACGAGAUACGGUGCAGAAGAUCGGCUAUGAUGACUCUUCAAAAGGUUUUGACUAUAAGACCUGCAACGUGCUGGUGGCUCUGGAGCCGCAGUGUGUGGAGAUAUCAGACUGUGUGUUUGAAGGCCGAGACCAGGAGGACAUCGGUGCUGGGGACCAGGGUUUAAUGUUUGGCUACGCUACAGAUGAGACCGAGGAGUGUAUGCCUUUAACCCUCCUGCUGGCUCAUAAACUCAACCACAGGAUGAAGGAGCUGUCACGCAGCAAAGAGUGUCCCUGGAUCCUACCGGACUCCAAAUCACAGGUCACAGUGGAGUAUCGAGAUAACAUGGGAGCCAUGGAGCCACUGCGUGUCCACACAGUGGUCAUCUCAGUGCAGCACAGCCCUAACAUCACCCUGGAGGAGAUCAGACACAACCUGAUGGAGAAGGUGGUGAAAAGCGUCAUUCCUGCUAAGUACCUGGACGAUAAAACGAUCUACCAUCUGUUGCCGAGUGGGAAAUUCCUCAUUGGAGGCCCACAGGGUGAUGCAGGACUCACAGGACGUAAAAUCAUAGUGGAUACCUAUGGAGGAUGGGGUGGGCAUGGAGGAGGAGCUUUCUCUGGAAAGGAUUAUUCCAAAGUGGAUCGUUCUGGAGCUUAUGCGGCACGCUGGGUCGCCAAGUCUCUGGUCAAAUCUGGACUGUGCAGGAGAGCCCUGGUUCAGAUCUCUUAUGCCAUUAGUGUGAGCCAUCCGCUCUCCAUCACAGUGUUUGACUACGGCACGUCAAGCAGGAGUGAAGACGAGCUGCUGCAGAUAGUACAGAAGAACUUUGACCUGAGGCCCGGAGUCAUUGUGACAGAGCUGGGUUUAAAGCGGCCCAUUUACCAGGCCACUGCCUGCUAUGGUCACUUUGGCAGAGCAGAGUUCCCCUGGGAGAAACCAAAACCUCUCGUGUUUUAAGUCUGGGAUUAAACACGUUCCACUUAUGUCCUGAUAAUCAUUCAUAAAACAAUCAAUAGUCCAAUUUGAGUCACAGACUCCAUGUAUCCAGAUGCAGCUGUGUAAAUUGUGUCAUCUGUUCAUUUCUGACCCUAAAUUGUAAAGGCAGUGCUCAGAGCCAUUUGAAAAAUGAAUUUAGAUUUUUUUAAAAUAAUUAUAAAAAAUCAGGUGCUGUUGUUUAAGAAACUGUAGUUACUGUUUUAAAAUUAUUUCUUGAAAUAAUUGUGACUUUUUAUUAACAGUCAAAUCUUUUAUUUUUUAUUACUUGGUGAUUAAAAAUUGCAUUAAAAAAUGA